AUGCAGCACAGUGGCGUCCCCAUCCCUCCUUCUCCUUUCUCCGCUCCUCCUACUUUUCUACCCGGCGUCACCCGGGAGGGCAGGAGGGGGCUGAGUUCGGGUGGCAGCGCCGGGCAGAGCGCAGGGGUCACGGCGACGGCGACGACGGCGGCGGCGGCUGACGGCUGGAAGGGCAGGCUUCCUUCGCCACUCGUCCUCCUUCCCCGGUCCGCUCGGUGUCAGGCGCGAAGGCGGCGGCGGCGCGGCGGGCGCACUUCGUCCCUCCUCCAGCUUCCUCCUGCUCCCGAGCGGGCACUCCUUCCUUCGCCAUCCUCCGACCCUUCACCCCGGGGACUGGGCGCCUCCGCCGGCGCAGCUCAGGGAGCGGGGGCCGGUCUCCUGCUUCGCUGUCGCGCCUCCAUGUCGGAUAACCAGAGCUGGAACUCGUCUGGCUCGGAGGAGGAUCCGGAGACGGAGUCCGGGCCGCCUGUGGAGCGCUGCGGGGUCCUCAGCAAGUGGACAAACUACAUUCAUGGGUGGCAGGACCGUUGGGUAGUUUUGAAAAAUAAUACUCUGAGUUACUACAAAUCUGAAGAUGAGACAGAGUAUGGCUGUAGAGGAUCCAUCUGUCUUAGCAAGGCUGUCAUCACGCCUCAUGAUUUUGAUGAAUGUCGCUUUGAUAUUAGUGUAAAUGAUAGUGUUUGGUAUCUUCGUGCUCAGGAUCCAGAUCACAGACAGCAGUGGAUAGAUGCCAUUGAACAGCACAAGACUGAGUCUGGAUAUGGAUCUGAAUCCAGCUUGCGUCGACAUGGCUCAAUGGUGUCACUGGUGUCUGGAGCAAGUGGCUAUUCUGCAACAUCCACCUCUUCAUUCAAGAAGGGCCACAGUUUACGUGAGAAAUUGGCUGAAAUGGAAACCUUUAGAGAUAUCCUAUGCAGACAAGUCGAUACUCUACAGAAGUACUUUGAUGCCUGUGCUGAUGCUGUCUCCAAGGAUGAACUUCAAAGGGAUAAAGUGGUAGAAGAUGAUGAAGAUGACUUUCCUACAACACGUUCUGAUGGAGACUUCUUGCAUAAUACCAAUGGCAAUAAAGAAAAGGUAUUUCCACAUGUAACACCAAAAGGAAUUAAUGGUAUAGACUUUAAAGGGGAGGCGAUAACUUUUAAAGCAACUACUGCUGGAAUCCUUGCUACACUUUCUCAUUGUAUUGAACUAAUGGUAAAACGUGAGGACAGCUGGCAAAAGAGACUGGAUAAGGAAAGUGAGAAGAGAAGAAGAAUAGAGGAAGCAUACAAAAAUGCCAUGACAGAACUUAAGAAAAAAUCUCACUUUGGAGGACCAGAUUAUGAGGAAGGCCCAAACAGUUUGAUUAAUGAGGAAGAGUUCUUUGAUGCUGUUGAAGCUGCUCUUGACAGACAAGAUAAAAUAGAAGAACAGUCACAGAGUGAAAAGGUCAGGUUACAUUGGCCUACAUCAAUGCCAUCUGGAGAUGCCUUUUCUUCUGUGGGGACUCAUAGAUUUGUCCAAAAGCCCUAUAGUCGCUCUUCCUCCAUGUCUUCCAUUGAUCUAGUCAGUGCCUCUGACGAUGUUCACAGAUUCAGCUCCCAGGUUGAAGAGAUGGUGCAGAACCACAUGACUUACUCAUUACAGGAUGUAGGUGGAGAUGCCAAUUGGCAGUUGGUUGUAGAAGAAGGAGAAAUGAAGGUAUACAGAAGAGAAGUAGAAGAAAACGGGAUUGUUCUGGAUCCUUUGAAAGCUACCCACGCAGUUAAAGGUGUUACAGGACAUGAGGUCUGCAAUUACUUCUGGAACGUUGAUGUUCGCAAUGAUUGGGAAACAACUAUAGAAAACUUUCAUGUGGUGGAAACAUUAGCUGAUAAUGCAAUCAUCAUUUAUCAAACGCACAAGAGAGUGUGGCCUGCUUCUCAGCGGGACGUAUUAUAUCUUUCUGCCAUUCGAAAGAUACCAGCCUUGACUGAAAAUGACCCGGAAACUUGGAUAGUUUGUAAUUUUUCUGUGGAUCACAACAGUGCUCCUCUAAACAAUCGAUGUGUCCGUGCCAAAAUAAAUAUUGCUAUGAUUUGUCAAACCUUGGUAAGCCCGCCAGAGGGAAACCAGGAGAUUAGCAGGGACAACAUUCUAUGCAAGAUUACAUAUGUAGCUAAUGUAAACCCUGGAGGAUGGGCACCAGCCUCAGUGUUAAGGGCAGUGGCAAAGCGAGAGUAUCCAAAGUUUCUAAAACGUUUUACUUCUUACGUACAAGAAAAAACUGCAGGAAAACCUAUUUUGUUCUAGUAUUAACAGCGACUGAAGCAAGGCUGUGUGACAUUCCAUGUUGGAGGAAGAAAAUUAAAAAACAAAAUUGAAUGCUCUAAGCUGGAACAUAGGAUCUAUAGCCUUGUCUAUGGCCCAACACCUUGGCCUUGUGUACAAAAGUGAAGAAAUACUCCAAUAGCAGAGCUGAACAUCUUAACACUAGCUGUCUUCUGCUAGAUCUCCUCGCUCAGCAUAUAACUAUAAAUACAUGUAAAAUUACAUGUAUAUGGCUAUAUUUUUAUUUGCUUGCUCCUAGAAGAGAAAAAAAAUCAACUUUGAAUCACAACUAGGAAUCGAUGCUUUAAUUUUUGGAAACUUUUUCAGAAUUUUUAAUUUACUAUGGUUUGGCCUAAGAUCCUCAGUUGUACCAGGCUUUGUGCACAAGAGAAAAGCACAAAAGUUGGACGCACAUGGGGCAUGUGCUUUCUGUGCACCAAAUUUCUGGAUGGGGUUCUUUUUUUAGGCCUACAGUCAAAUCUGUGUCCAGAAUUUUUUGACUUUUUUGCUUUGUAUAAUCAUAGAAUUCAUUGCUGCUGAUUUCUAUAAUAAUUCAUGUUGUCAUGUAAAGUGUCUCUUAAUAACUGAGGGCUGUCAAUAACCUGUGAUUUCGCCUUUUCUAUAGUCUUACUCCCAUGAAGAACUUUGGUUCUGAUGGAGAAAGAGUGAAAAGCUUUAUUUUUUUCUCCAGAUAUCUUUAUAUUUCUAUUGUAUUUUUAGUUGUGUACUGUGUGCUACAGAUUUUUUUCAGUUUGUUACAAACACAAUUUGGUAAUUUCUAAAUUGGUUCUGCCUGCCUCCAAACAGAAACAUCUGUACAACCUUAUAGGCAUAAACUACUUUCUGGUAAAACGGUCAGAAUAAAAUGAGCUCAUGUUUUCCUGAAAUUUGUGAGAGGAUAUACGGUAUUACAUGUUCCAGCAAAUCUCACUGUUUAAGUUUGGCAUUUGAUUCUAUAUUUCUAGUAUUCAGUAACACGUGUUUGUUCUUCUAAUUUGGGUCAGUUUAAAAGAUACGUUGCAAGAUAUGCAUAGAAAAUGUGGGCACCGCUCCUGUUUGCCUCUUGAUCAGAAACUUCAGCAGGGCAGUAAAGAAGUCCUUGUGAUUCAAACUGAAAUUCUUUCUUUAGUUGCUGUAAGAAGUUAAACGUAAAAUACCUUUUUUAGUUUUAGGCCCCUUUGAAAAACCCUGAAACAUGGAGCAGAGGCAGGGAAUGGUACUCAUUGAAGUAGAAAUGACUGCCCACUUCAGAAUCUUCACUGUGUUUAUACACAAAUGUGCUUACGUAAAUCAGAGGCAUUUUGUAGAUGCUUUGCUGACUUGUUCAUCUCUAUAGAAACACAGAAACCAGACCCAUUUUGUAAAGCAGAAAAUCAUGUCACGUGGAACAUGUCCUGUAUAUAUUUCCUACAUGGUAAUGGAGUCUUAAUGAUAAAUGCAAGGUGAUAAUUUAAUGAUGGGAUUAGUCUGAUCACUUAAUAUACACAAUCCUGGAAGUGAAUUACUUGCAUCAGAUAAAGUGGUAUUUAUUAGUCUGUACAGAGAGGAAAAUACAUAUAAAACAUAUGCUUACAUUACAUGCACGCAGAUUUCAUGCUCCAUAAAUCUUUUCUAUUUUUUAAUUUACCUUUCUCUAAAUGAUGUGCAUGGAAUAUGCCUUAUUACAGAAAAAUACUAUUCAUAAUUUGACUAUAGGGAAAAAGUGCCUACAUGGUGGUAAUGCUAGUUAAGGCAAAUUAUCUUAUCAGUUUACUACAUCACCAGUUAACAUUUUAUAUUGUGAUGUUUAAAAAAGAGAAGUUUAUACCUCAAAUGUGUAUUUUAUUUUACAAUCAGUUGUGGGAUUAGG